UCGUAGCCCCCUGUGUGCUGACUCCUGGGGCCUGGCCCACUCUGGGAGGCCACAGUCGGUGCCUGGGUCCUGGUGGAGGUUUGUGCGGCCUCUACCCCUGAGACUUCUUUACAGAAAUGGUUGUGGGGGAGGGAUCAGCUUGUAGUGGUCACAGCUGUCCCUAGCUGUGUUUCAGCCGAUGAGUUACCUAGGUGACCCUGCCACUGCUCCAGCAACUGACCGGGAACACUGGGCCGGGAGACUGGCCAGGCGCAGUACCCAGCAGGGGUGGCGAGUGGGCCAGGGUCGCCUAGUGGGCCUUGCCCUGAUGACCAGGCACACACGCGUGUGCGAAUGUGAAGAUACAUGUGUGCGGCCGAGGGGCUGGGGGCCGUGCCAGGCUCAGCAUGGUGAGCACGGCAGGGCCCCCACCUGGGUGCUGGCGGCUGCACAAUGGGCCGUGUGAGCCGCACAAAGCGGGCAUUUUCCUGCCAGGACGGAGUGGGGGCUGGGUGGGGCACGCCGGCAGCUGACUGCCUCCCUGCCUGCUAUGGAGGACCCCAUCCCUGCUGCUCUCCGGGAAGCCCCUCGAGUGGGGAAACUGAGCCCCUUGCUCAGUGCAACCCCUUGCUCAGUCCCGUGUCCAGGCGACUCUGGUAGCCGCUUGAGCUGUCCGUCCAUGGUGUUUCUCGCGCACAGCCUCUGCGUGCUCACAAAGAACCUGAUGUACUGGUGAGGAGACAGCCCCAGAGGAGGAGGCUGGGGUCCUCCUCUUUCCCCUCCUUCCUUCCCCCAAGCUACCAGAGCCCUGGGUUGGGAAACUGAGGCUGGCCACAGCAGCUACCCCUCCCCCUCAAGGGCAGCCGUCUCCUUGGCAACCCUGGUUCCCGCCCAGCAGCUCCUGCCCUCUCUUUUGUCCCCUCUUCUUGUGUUCUGGUUCCUGCAGGGAAUCCCAGCUCUAGCUCCAAAGCAACGAGCCCCUGUGUUGUUGCUGGGCAACGCUGACCCCUCCCUAGCCCUCCCUCCUGACUCCCCUCCCCCAACUUUGGACCCCUGUCGGACCACUGUCGGACCUGGAGCUGCCUGGAGCUGCCGUGACUCUGGCACUGACCCCAGGGACUUGCGGCAACUCACCCAGCCUUCCAGCCUCCAUGCAAUGUCUGUAAAAUGGGCUGGUCGUGGCCUCUCCCUGAUCACAGCAGGGGCUGCUGGCUGCCAGCUGCAGGGGGAGUUUGAUGUCCUUGCUUGCAGCUGGAGGUUGGCCUGGAGUUGUGGGAAGAGGCAGCCUGGACUCUGCUGUGCCUCAGGCUUCUGUGCCCAGGCCCAGCCUGGCCUCUCUGCCUGUGUGAUCCCAACCUGCGGGGCCCAGCUCCUAAUGUACACAGACAUGCUCUGAGGCUGACACAGAAUGGGAGCCUGGCCACGUGCCAGGCCUGGGCCAAAGGUGCUGAGUGUGUUUGUAUUCUCACUUGCAUCAGCCCUGCAAGGUGGGAGUGGGACUCAAGCCCAUUUUACAGAUGAGGAAGUAAAGGUCACACAGUACCAACUUGCAGUGCAGAGUGAAGCCUGCUCUCUGAUCCUGGGCCUAUGGUGCACCUGGUGUGGAGUUUACCGGCCUGCACCGGGACACAGCCACUGUCACCCAGAUGCAUUUCCUGCCCGGCCAGGGCCGCCUCCUGACCCUGUUGGACGAUAGCAGCCUGCACCUCUGGGAGAUCGCCCACCACAAUGGCUGCGCCCACCUGGAGGAGGCUCUCAGCUUCCAGCCACCAAGUCGGCCGGGCUUUGAUGGGGCCAGUGGCCCGCUCAGCCUUGCCCGCAUCACAGUGGUCCUGCUGGUGACAGCUGGUGACAUGGCAGCCCUGGGCACUGAGGGCGGCAGCGUCUUCUUCCUGGAUGUUCCCACCCUGACACUGCUCGAGGGGCGGACUCUUGUCCCAGACGAGGUUCUUCGCAGCGUGCCAGACGACUACCGGUGUGGGAAGGCACUGGGACCCGUGGAGUCACUCCAGGGACACCUGCGGGACCCCACCAAGAUCCUCAUUGGCUACAGCCGGGGCCUGCUGGUCAUCUGGAACCAGGCGGCGCAGUGCGCAGACCGCGUCUUCCUGGGUAACCAGCAGCUGGAGAGCCUGUGCUGGGAACGCAGCGGCAGCACGCUGGUCAGCUCCCACAGCGAUGGCAGCUACGCCGUCUGGUCCGCCGACACCGGCGACUCCCUGAUGACCCAGCCCACAGUGGCCACCACGCCAUAUGGCCCCUUCCCCUGCAAAGCCAUUAACAAGAUUCUGUGGCGAAACUGUGAAUCUGGGGACCACUUCAUCAUUUUCAGCGGAGGCAUGCCCCGUGCCAGCUACGGUGACCGCCACUGUGUGAGUGUGCUCCGGGCCGAGACCCUGGUGACGCUGGACUUCACUUCCCGCAUCAUCGACUUCUUCACGGUGCACAGCACACGGCCUGAGGAUGAGUUUGAUGAGCCCCAGGCCCUGGCUGUGCUGCUCGAGGAGGAGCUGGUGGUGCUGGACCUGCAGACGCCCGGCUGGCCUGCCGUGCCCGCCCCGUACCUGGCCCCACUGCACUCGUCCGCGAUCACCUGCUCUGCACACGUCGCCAAUGUCCCCGCCAAGCUGUGGGCCCGCAUUGUGAGUGCUGGUGAGCAGCAGAGCCCGCAGCCUGCUUCCAGCUCCUCGAGCUGGCCCAUCACUGGGGGCCGGAACCUGGCCCAGGAGCCAUCCCAGCGAGGGCUACUGCUGACCGGCCACGAGGACGGGACUGUGCGGUUCUGGGAUGCCUCUGGUGUGGCACUGCGGCCGCUCUACAAGCUCAGCACAGCCGGCCUCUUCCAGACAGACUGUGAGCACGCUGACAGCCUGGCCCAGGCCGCCGAGGACGACUGGCCCCCCUUUCGCAAGGUGGGCUGCUUUGAUCCCUACAGUGAUGACCCUCGGCUUGGUGUACAGAAGGUGGCCCUGUGCAAGUACACAGCCCAGAUGGUGGUGGCUGGCACAGCAGGCCAGGUGCUGGUGCUGGAGCUAAGUGACGUGCCCUCGGAGCAGGCGGUCAGCGUGGCCAGCGUGGACCUCCUCCAGGACCGAGAGGGCUUCACAUGGAAAGGCCACGAGCGGCUGAGUCCGCGUACGGGACCGCUGCCGUGGCCUGCUGGCUUCCAGCCCCGAGUGCUUGUUCAGUGCCUGCCACCAGCUGCUGUCACCGCUGUCACGCUCCAUGCUGAGUGGAGCCUUGUGGCCUUUGGCACCAGUCACGGCUUUGGCCUCUUCGACUAUCAGCGCAGGAGCCCAGUGUUGGCCAGGUGCACACUUCACCCCAAUGACUCUCUGGCCAUGGAGGGCCCACUGUCCCGGGUGAAGUCCCUGAAGAAGUCUCUGCGCCAGUCCUUCCGGCGCAUCCGCAAGAGCCGAGUCUCGGGCAAGAAGCGGACUGCUAAUACCACCAGCAAGUUGCAGGAGGCCAACGCACAGCUGGCUGAGCAGACGUGUCCCCACGACGUGGAGAUGACCCCGGUGCAGCGCCGCAUCGAGCCCCGCUCUGCUGAUGACUCCCUCUCUGGCGUCGUCCGCUGCCUCUACUUUGCUGACACAUUCCUUCGAGAUGCGGCCCACCACGGACCCACCAUGUGGGCAGGCACCAACUCGGGCUCUGUGUUCGCCUACGCGCUGGAGGUGCCAGCAGCGGCGGGUGGUGAGAAGCGACCCGAGCGGGCGGUGGAGGCCGUGCUGGGCAAGGAGGUGCAGCUGAUGCACCGCGCCCCCGUCGUGGCCAUCGCCGUGCUGGAUGGCCGUGGCCGCCCACUGCCCGAGCCGUAUGAGGCCUCCCGGGACCUGGCACAGGCUCCCGACAUGCAGGGCGGCCACGCCGUGCUCAUCGCAUCUGAGGAGCAGUUCAAGGUGUUCACGCUGCCCAAGGUGAGCGCCAAGACCAAGUUCAAGCUGACAGCCCACGAGGGUUGUCGCGUGCGCAAGGUGGCACUUGCCACAUUUGCCAGUGUGGCCUGUGAGGACUACGCGGAGACCUGCCUGGCCUGCCUCACCAACCUGGGCGACGUGCACGUGUUCUCGGUGCCUGGCCUGCGGCCGCAGGUGCACUACUCCUGUAUCCGGAAGGAGGACAUCAGCGGCAUCGCUUCUUGCGUCUUCACACGCCACGGCCAGGGUUUUUACUUGAUUUCUCCGUCUGAAUUUGAACGCUUCUCUCUGAGUGCCCGGAAUAUCACAGAGCCGCUCUGCUCUCUGGACAUCAGCUGGCCCCGAGAUAGCACCCGUGCCAGCCACAGGCUCCGAGAGUCACCCAAGCUGAGCCAGGCUAAUGGGACCCCAGGCAUCGUCCUGGCCUCACGGAGCCGCGAUGGAAGCCCGGAUCCUGGCCACAGCAAGGGAGCUGACACCCCAGAGCCGCCUGAGGCCAUGCUCUCGCCCAUGUCCAUCGACUCGGCCACUAGUGCAGACACCACACUGGACACGACAGGGGACGUCACGGUGGAGGAUGUGAAGGAUUUCCUGGGCUCUUCAGAGGAAUCGGAAAACCUGAGGAACUUGGCAGAAGAUGAGGCUCGAGCCUGUGCCAUCCUGAUCAAAUAAGGAAGGCCAAAACUAUGUGGCUCCCAACUGCCCUGCUCCGAGCUGGCAUCCAGGACUCCCUGGGCCCUUUGCCUAGACCCACAUCUGCUAACCUGUGGCCUCCACCAGGACCUGCCUGCCCGACCCCGGGGCGGUGCGGGACUGUGGGCCUAGGGCUCAGCCCUGAGCCUCUGGGGCAGAUUCGCAGCAGCCCCUCCUAUGGGCACCUGUUGGCCAGCUGCCAUGGGGAGAAGACAGCUGGGGCUGGCAAGCCUACACCACCUCCCAUCAACAUACCGUCCUUCCCCAACCCCUUUGCAAAGAGUAUUUUUCUAACGCCUGUGCUGGGCUGGACGGGCAUUUCUAAAACUAUUUUGGUACUUGCUCCUGGGUCAGCACCCACCUCCACCCCCCAGUCUGUGCACGAGUGCGUGUGUGUGUGUGACCGCGUGAUUGGGGUCUAGUUAGAGGUGUGUGUAUGUGUGUGUACACGUGUGUGUGUACGUGUUGGGAGGGGGGUCAGUCAGGAUGGGUUUCCCUGUAGAUUGUACCUUGGGGUUUUUUUUCUUGUCAUUUUGUUAAGAUUAGCGCUGUUUUAAUAUUAAAAAUACUGAUUUUUAAUAUUGAAAAUAAAAGCAUUUAAUAUCUCUUAAAA